GCACGGCGGAGACAGCAGACCCGUGCGCGCGCAACUUUGUGGUGUGUGUAGCAUCCAGGCGUCGCAGUUGGGAUCUGCCUUUGCAGCCGUUCGCUGUGAUGGAGGUGUGGUGACGUGGGGCGGCAUGGAUUGCGGCGGCGACAGCGACGCUGUAGCAAGUCAGCUGCGACCCGGUUCAUGCUCCGACGAGCAAGCUGGUCAGCAGUUGCGAUGCAUCUUGGAGAGUGGAAAGGCAGCAGGA